ACAUUCAUAACUCGAAAAAGUGCUAGCUGUAUGGCUGCAACUGUCCGACUAUCCCCAGUCUGACUUAUUCACCCACUAUCCUUCUGAUCGAUCAGCGUCUGAGGCCUUCCAGAGCCCGAUAAUAAUCCAGGCCGUGAUUCGCAUCUCUCCUGGGACAACAACAUCGCCGCCAAUCCUUCCUACACAACCCCCUAUUCCCAAAGUCGCCUAUCAUGUUGACUCCUGCUUGAAUGCACUGCACGACUACCUGCUAUUGAACGAUACUUCCAGUGUCUCCCCGUACCCACUGGACAAACCUUGCAAUCGACGAAACGAAACCAGCCAAGAAACGAAUUGCCUUCGUGAAGACUGCUAGCCGGCGAACCUCUCGAUUGAGACGCGGUCUCAGAUACCAAGAUGCCGAUCCUUCGACCGGGUAGACUGAAAUCUUUCAUCACGGCCACCGGCGCCUUACUCCUCAUCUGCACCGUUUAUGUAUACUGGGCACCCCCGCCAGCGUCGGUAGUCCCCAGUACGGCCUUCGAGGUCCCUCUAGUCGAACGCCAAAAUGCAUUCUGGAAGGUCUUGAAACCGAUCCUCGAAGAGAAUGGGCCAAACUGCCCAUCGCCUGGGCACACCGACGAUGCCGGUGCCGUCGGCUUCGACGCCACGUCCACCGACCCUCGCCCCGACUUGACAAACCUCGAAGAAGAGGACCUACAUACCAUGGAGGAGGCGCAUGCACGCUACAUCGAGGCGUGUCGUACAGCCGAGAAACUGCGACCCGUUCACUCGCCCGGCACUCGCGGCGUGGUUUCAACGGCGGGGGGGACCUACUUCCCCGUGUUUCUGUCGUCGCUGCGGAUGCUCCGACGCUUGGGCUCGACAUUGCCGGUGGAAGUCUACAUGAAGGACACCGACGAGUACGAAAAGCAGAUCUGCGAUGACAUCCUCCCCGACCUGGGCGCACGGUGCCUGGUGCUCUCGGACGUGGUCGGCAAGAACGCCAUCGAGCACUACCAGCUCAAGAUCUUCGCGGUACUGUUCUCCUCCUUCGAGGAGGUCAUCUGGAUGGACGCCGACUGCUUUCCGCUGACCAAGCCCGAGGUGCUGCUGGACGCGGAGCCCUUCAAGUCGGCGGGGCUGGUGACGUGGCCGGACUUCUGGGCGAUGACCGCGUCGCCGCUCUACUACAACAUCUCGCGCCAAGCGAUGCCGCCCAUGUCGGCGCGCGCCUCGUCGGAGGCUGGGGCGUUUCUGGUCUCCAAGAAGACGCACCAGAUGACCCUGCUCCUGGCCGCGUACUACAACUACUACGGCCCGUCGCACUACUUCCGGCUGCUAUCGCAGGGGGCGCCGGGCGAGGGCGACAAGGAGACCUUCGUGCAGGCCGCCACAGCCGUGGGCGAGCCGUUCUACGCGGUCAGCGAGCGCGUGCAGGCGGUCGGGCACGCCAAACCGGGCGGCGGGAUCUCCGGGUCGGCGAUGGUGCAGACGGACCCGAUCGCGGACCACGCGCUGACGAGCGCGGGCCAGUGGCGCGUGCAGGACCCCGCGGUGGCCCCCGCGCCCCCGGCCUUCUUCAUCCACGCCAACUACCCCAAGUUCAACCCGGGCGAGAAGGUGUUCGGCAUGAAGUGGGAGACGGCGCCCACGCUGCGCGCCGACGGCUCCGACGGCCGCGCCUGGCUCGUCCCCGAGGACACCGUCCAGCGGUUCCGCUACGACGUCGAGCGCGCCUACUGGGCGGAGAUCAGGAACGUCAGCUGCGACCCCGCCAUCAGCUUCUGGACCUGGGAGCGCAAGGACGAGAUCUGCGAGAAAGUCGAGGCCUACUGGGGCAAUGUCUUUGCCGAGCCGCACGACGAUGAUCCCAAGUUCGGUUGAUGAGCGCCUGAUCCUUUGAUCCUUUUUUUUUCCUGCUGAAAGUCGAUACCACAAACAGUUUUCGUUUUUUCUUCUCUUCAAUCUGACAGAUAUGCGUUAUGAAUGACACGGGUUUGGGGUGGACCGUUGUGUACAUCUUACGAUUCUACACUGAUGCAUGUUUUGUAUAAUCUUCAUUCAUGAUACCUUCUAUCCCAUGAUCUUGUCUUGAAGCAUGGCCCAUCCUCUCCACGAUAGACGCUAGCAGAAUAGUGCCAACAUAUUUAAAGGCUGCCCCCCCC